AUGCCACAAAGCUCAACAAUUGAUUUUCAAGAUAUUAUAUUUAUUGACUGUCAUGGAAGCCAUAUACGUGAAGAUGUUAUAAAAGCAUUAAAUACUGAAUGUUUGGAAAUUAUAAAAAUUCCCAGUGGAAUAACUAGUGUAUUACAACCACCUGAUGUCUCUGUAAAUAAACCAUUUAAAAGUGGAAUAAGACAAAAAUGGGAUGAAUGGAUAAGUGAUGGAAAAAAAGAAUUUACAAUAAAUAGAAAUUAUAAAAAAGUAUCAUAUGAAUUAAUUUGUAAAUGGGUAUCAGAAGUAUGGAAAGAAAUCAAUCAAGAUCUUUUGAUAAAAUCCUUCAAAGCAACAGGACUUAUAUUAAAUUCUGAUGGAAGCGAAAAUAAUAAGAUGUCAACUCGACUUCAAGCAAUUAUUGAAAAUCAUAUAGAUGAUAUAAUUAUAGAUGAAUCAGAAGAGAAUGAUAUAUUAUCAUCAGAAGAAUUAGAUCUUGAUAAUAUGAUAGAAAAUGAAAUUAGUGAAGAAAUUAGUAACGAUGAAAUUAGUGAUAAAAUUAGUGAUGAAUUGUAA